AUGGCGUGGGUACCAGCAGAGUCUGUAGUGGAAGAGCUAAUGCCCCGUCUCUUGCCGGUGGAGCCCUGCGACUUGACAGAAUGCUUUGAUCCCUCCGUACCCCCGAGGACGCCUCAGGAAUACCUGAGGCGCGUCCAGCUCGAAGCAGCCCAAUGUCCAGAUGUUGUGGUAGCUCAAAUUGACCCAAAGAAGUUGAAAAGGAAGCAAACCGUGAAUGUUUCUCUUUCAGGAUGCCAGCCUGCUCCUGAAGGGUAUUCCCCAACACUUCGAUGGCAACAGCAACAAGUAGCACAGUUUUCAGCUGUUCGACAGAGUGUUAACAAGCAUAGAAGUCACUGGAAGUCACAACAGUUGGAUAGUAACGUGACCAUGCCAAAAUCUGAGGAUGAAGAUGGCUGGAAAAAAUUUUGUCUGGGUGAAAGGUUAUGUUCUGAAGGGACUGUUGAACCAGCUACAAAUGAAAGUCCAGGAAUUGAUUAUGUACAGAUUGGCUUUCCUCCCUUGCUUAGUAUUGUUAGCCGAAUGAAUCAGGCAACAGUAACUAGUGUCUUGGAAUACCUGAGUAAUUGGUUUGGAGAAAGAGACUUUACUCCAGAACUGGGAAGAUGGCUUUAUGCUUUGUUGGCUUGUCUUGAAAAACCCUUAUUACCUGAGGCUCAUUCACUGAUUCGGCAGCUUGCAAGAAGGUGCUCAGAAGUGAGGCUCUUAGUGGACAACAAAGAUGAUGAGAGAGUUCCUGCUUUGAAUUUAUUAAUCUGCUUGGUUAGCAGGUAUUUUGACCAACGUGAUUUAGCAGACGAGCCAUCUUGAUGUAGCUGAUCUCUGAGAUAGAAGAUAUUUCUUGUAAAGGCAGCCUCAGUCUCCAGAAGUGCAAUGCCAAUUCAAGUGCAGAUUGCAUCACGUCUUCAACACUGUGUGAAGAGUCCUUAACCUCUGCAGCUCAAGUCGAUAUUCAGAAGAUGGUUUUUACUGUUUUGAAUGUGUGAAAUACCUAUGCAAAAUCUCACCCAGUUUGUGAUUACCAGUUUGAACAGUUACUGCAGUCACCUGCUUUUGAAACAAAUUGAGUGCCAUUUAUUGCUGAAGCAGCUUGUAUAGAAACUGUAUCGUGAAAUUUUACAGUAGGUCCUUGGUGCUUUCAUUAUUUAUUUACGUACGUAUAAAAUUUUAUUGAAAAUGUGUUUGGAUUACUUAAAAUUUUCUUGACUCUUGACAAAAGACAAUUAAUUGAUAACUGUCCUCAGUAUUAGAAUGAAAAUAAUCUAGUCUAAAUGGCAAAUGUGUUCAUAGUCUAAAAUCAACAAAAUUAGUUAAGCUUUUUUCCUUUAAAUGUAAUAUUUUUAUAUUUAAAUUCUUUAUUGCACAAACAAGAUUUUUCCUUAAAUCAUUUUAGAUAUUAGUACCAUUAUAGAUCAACUGUUUUGAUUUUUCUAGUUGUCGAAUCUUUUGUUCCUAUUUCUUACAAUUUAUUUUUGUAUCAAGUAAGAAUGUUUUCUGCUUUAAGUAACAGGAUUCCAAAUAGCAAUGAUUAUUCAAAUAAGGGUUUAUUUUUCUCAUAUAACAAGAAGCCUAGAGGAACUUGACACUUGCAUUGGUUCAGUGACUCAGUAAUACCAAAUUCUCUGAGAUUCUUUUUGCCUUUCCCUCAUAGUAACAAGAUGGCUGCUGCAGUUCAAGGCAUCAUGUCUAUAUUCAAGACAGGAAAAGGGAUAAAGGAGGCAGAGCCUUCCACAUCAGACCUUUUCUUCAUAAAAGCAAUACCUUUCCCCAAAAUCCACAGCAGGCUUUUAUGUUCAUCCAUUAGCCCCAGGUUUAUACCAUGAUCAACUCUAGCUCCAACAAACAUGGGGAAUGAAGUUGUAAGCCUUUCCAGCCUCUUGAGAGUGAGGUGAAAAAGAAAAGGGUUAUUGUGAAUAACCCAGGAUCGGACAACCAGUUGUUUUGCCACAAUCUGUUAUUGGAGCUGAUGUAAUUUUAUAUGUGAAACUUUUCUGUUGCUACACCUUCAUAAUGCUCAUUAUUAAAUGGUAGCCUACUAGUCCAAGUUGUUUUGUAUUGUACUUAAACAUUCCAUCAGUGUGGAAUAUCUAAUUUGUUUUCAGUAUUAAUCUAAUAUAGAAAAUCCUGCCAUGAAUAGCCUCAGGCACAAUCACUUUUUUCUUUUUCAGACUUUGGUCAGAAGUUCUCAAAAGUAGGAUUAAAAAUUAUAAGUCUGUCACUUGGAAUUGAGUUUAAAAACCUGACUAAACUGAAGUUGAAGUAAUCAGAUUUAUUAUGUUUCUCAUAUAAUAAAUGUGGUGUAAGUCA